AUGAUGAGGCUCUCAGAACCCAUCCUAGACAUGGAAAUGGCCAACUACAGCGAGGUUUUAGACCCCACCUACACGGCACUGGAGUUUGAGACCAUGCAGAUUCUGUGCAAUGGCAACGACAGUUCAGGAGAAGCUGUCAACAUGAAUGCAGCUGACAGCGGGGUCAGCAGCCUGUGUGCAAUAUGUGGAGACCGAGCCACCGGCAAGCAUUACGGCGCUUCCAGCUGCGACGGCUGCAAGGGCUUCUUCAGGCGCAGCAUCCGCAAGAACCACGUCUACACCUGCAGAUUCAGCCGACAGUGUGUUGUUGACAAGGACAAAAGGAACCAAUGCAGAUUUUGUCGCUUAAAAAAGUGUUUUCGAGCAGGAAUGAAGAAAGAAGCUGUCCAAAACGAGCGGGACAGGAUAAGCACACGCAGAAACACUUUUGAUGGCUGCAACAUCCCCUCCAUUAGCACCUUGUCACAAGCUGAGACCCUCUCUCGUCAGAUCUCAGUCCCCAGUCCUGGUGCUAGCACUGACAUAAAUGUUAAGAAAAUUGCUGGUAUUAGUGAUGUCUGUGAAUCUAUGAAGCAACAGCUCCUGGUCCUGGUGGAAUGGGCUAAAUAUAUUCCAGGCUUCUGUGAAUUACCUCUGGAUGACCAGGUUGCCCUGCUAAGAGCCCAUGCUGGGGAGCACCUGUUGCUUGGAGCAGCAAAACGGUCCAUGGCCUAUAAGGACAUUUUACUUCUAGGCAACAAUUACAUCAUCCACCGCAACAGCACUGAGGUGGAGAUCAGCCGGGUGGCCAACCGCAUCCUGGACGAGCUAGUCCGACCCUUCCAGGAAAUCCAGAUUGAUGACAACGAGUAUGCCUGCUUGAAAGCCAUUGUCUUCUUUGAUCCAGAUGCCAAAGGCCUGAGCAAUCCAAUGAAGAUCAAGAACAUGAGGUUCCAAGUGCAGAUCAGCUUAGAGGAUUAUAUAAAUGACCGUCAGUAUGACUCUCGAGGAAGAUUUGGAGAACUGCUGCUGCUGCUGCCUACACUCCAGAGCAUCACUUGGCAAAUGAUUGAGCAAAUCCAAUUGGUUAAACUGUUUGGAAUUGUUAAAAUUGACAGCUUGCUUCAGGAAAUGUUACUGGGAGGCACUUCUAACGAUGCCAGCCAUCUGCAUCACCCAGUACAUCCUCACCUGGCCCAGGACCCCCUAACUGGCCAAACUGUCCUCAUAAGUUCAAUGUCUGCUCCUGUGCACACAGAACAGAUCUCAACUCCAGAAACUCCAUUACCUUCCCCUCCUCAAGGCUCUGGGCAAGAAUACAAAAUGUCUACAAACCAGGCUUCAGUCAUUGCACAGCAAUCCAUUUUGAAACAGAAGGCUUUGUGA